AUGGAUUGCUACAUUUUGAUCUUACUGGCGUGUAUGAUGGUCACCACAUUAGCGUGGUCAACUCCCUUCUACCCAGUUCAAAGGGCGCCUCUCCCUCCAGGACUACGUGUCACUAGGUUCGCACCUGUACCACAUAGGCAUAUUAUACCGCCACUCCGUUACCAGCAACCGAAGUUAGAGCAGCCAGAGAGACCAAAAAGCGAUCGUCCAAAGCGUGAACAUUAUGAUUACGAUGACGGGAACAAAGCUACUAGCGGCGUCACCGGCCCCGUACACACGUUCGUUAAAACGGAUAAGAACGCGAAUUACAAGUGGGGCGUGCGACAUCACGUUGGAAACAAAUAUGCCUCCUAG